CCGGGAGGAGCGGGUAACAAAACCCAAACAAACCAAAAAAAUCACACAAGGACAGAGUUCACUGAAAUGUGAGAAUGGCCAAUUCUUUAAGAGGUGAAGUGAUAAAACUAUACAAAAAUCUGCUGUACCUUGGAAGGGAGUAUCCCAAAGGAGCAGACUACUUCAGAAGCCGUUUGAAAGCAGCUUUUCUAAAAAACAAAGAUGAGACAGACCCUGAAAAAAUUAAGCAACUGAUUGCCCGGGGAGAAUUUGUUAUAAAGGAGCUGGAGGCUUUGUACUUCCUGAGGAAAUACCGAGCCAUGAAACAGCGCUACUACAGCGACGACAAGCCCUGACUGUGCCUGUAACCACACACCCCAGGAAAGGCAUUGCUAGUUCAAGAACCAACAGUCAAGGAAUACUGGCACUUUAAGAGGAAUGAAGUUUCCACUGUCAUUUAAAACAAGCAUUCAGGUAAAGCUAACAGGAUCAUGAAGCAGAAAGUAAAGUAAUGCUAAAACAAAUGCUAAUAAUUUAGUGUAAUGUACAAAAUUACUUCAGUACUUCUUAAGAAUAAGGAUAAACCGUAUUUACAUGAUUAUACACUUUGUCUUUGUCUUCUUUUUCUUCUUUUUACCAUCUUUGCUCAUCUUCUCUUUGUGUUUUCUGAUUUCUCGGACUAAUGUGUAGAAGGCAUCAUCCACACCCUGAAAAGAUAACAGAAAGUACCAAUUAGGAUCAGGUUCAGACUCACAGGCCUGCUGAGGUACAGCCUGUGUCCCUCCCUGGCCCCCUGGCUCCUGAGAGGGGUUCCAUCAGCACGUUUUGCUGCCUACCUGCCAUCCUUUGAACAAUGAAUCCUGGCUGCAGGACUAGUUCCUCUCCGGAAUUCUGAGCAGCA